AUGUCGGGAUCUCAAAGCUUUCCCUCGCCCUUUGCUCCUGGACCUCCCAGGUCCUACGCCGAGUCGACGGAGAAGAACUCGCCCCGACCUCCUGUUCCUGCUUCGACUUUCCCGCCGAGGCAAGAUGCUCUCCCGGCCAUUUCAGAUCCCCCGAGACCUCCUGCGUUCGUAGGCCGACCGCCUGCGCCAUUGAGCGGUUUCUCUGGACCUCAGCCCAGCCCUCCUCUCAAACAUGAGCAUAUGCGCGAUAUGCGCGAGAGCGAUGCGCGUGCCGCCGAGAACUCUGCCUCAUACGCUCAACAUUCCAUUCCACCCCCGCCGACGAUAUAUCCGCAUCCCCAGCAUCCGGGCCAGCUUCCUCCAGGACAAGUACCGCUGCCUGGAUAUCCAGUCUCUCCGCGUCACGCUGGCCCACCUCCCCCCUUCCCCUACGAGGCCCAGCGUCCGACAGCUCACAGAGAGGACCCUGAGUAUGGCCCUGCACGGGUCAGGACACAUCUCGACGCGUGGGGGUACCAGGAUUGCUUUUCUAGAAUUGGUUCAGCAACAAGAACGAUCUUUAACUUCGCCGAGGCCUAUGGCAAGAUUGCUGCGGAACAACAGGGCGCUCAUCAUCCGUUACACGACCGACUUCCUACCGAGAUGGAAUUGAACGAAAUGAUUGACAACGUGGAGUACAUUCGAAACUCGCUGGACUCGGUGCGACAGGUUGUCAAGGAGAGCAACGAACGUGUACGGGCGGCCGGAAAACAGAAGGGAUAUGACGAUGAGGACACGCCCAUGUACGACGGCAUGAAUAAGCAAUAUGGCAUCACCGAAGUCAAGAAGCGCAGAGGGGUAAGUCUUGUCGAUCGUGCGCUUGCUCUAUUGGAGAAUCAGAGUGUUAACCAGGUGGAAUAG